AUUUAAUAGUGAUAGAUUAUUACUUGUCAAUUUUUAAAAAAAGUAAACUAACUUAAAUUAUAAGUUUUUAGAUAAAUUGUUUAUAUAAAAUAUCAAUUUAGUGGGUUGUAACCAGGUAUCGAUUACAUGGUUCUAAGUAAGUGGUUACACAAAAAGAGGGGCUGUUGAUAAUAUUUAAGAAAUACAUAAGAAUAAACAGCAGGCGUAAGUGUCACUAACCGAGGAGUCCAAAGGUUAAUGGCAAGUAGCAUCAAUGCUAACCAAGACUUCUAAGUUAAGACAUCUUUUAUAAUGGUAAUGCCAAUUAGAUAAGGGAAAUUAAAGGAUGUUUUGUAAAUUCACAUGCGAAAUAUGUUUAAACCUAAGGGUCAUCGUAAAAAGAGAUCUGAUAAAACUUUUGUAUAAAUAAAUCAGAUUUUAAGCUAUGGGUAAUGAUAUAAAACAGUAACUAACCGAUUUACUAAGUACGUGGGUAUGAGUCGCACUCUAAUUGCUAAGGCCAGUGGUUCCAACCGUUUUCUCGAACCGUGAUAGGUGGGGUGGGGUUCGAAUCAUAGACCUAGUAACUGAGAGCCAAAUGCCUUAACCACUGUAUACCACUCCAAAUUUCAUGAUGAAUUCGAGGUCGAAUACCUUGAAUCUACUACAUGUUACACAACAGAAGUAACUAAUCUGUGUUGUCCUUAUAUAUCCUAUCGGAUUGUAAGUAAGGAGUCACAGUUCCUUAAAAUUUAUCCAUAGUUAGGUUGAAGGAUGUGAGAUAUUAUGACUUUAUCGUAAAUUGUUCCCUACUAGCCAUCCUACCAACGUUUCGUCAACUUUGAUGCAGGUGAAAUUACUGAUGUUCCGUGUAUGUAUAAUUUGAAAAUUCUAGCAACUAUUAUCAUUGUUUUAUUCUCAAUUGUCUUUCAGAUGUUUCCUGUGUUUCAUUCCUUUUACCCCUCCCAAAGGAUUAUUGAUGACCUUUCUUUGUUGUUUCGUCUUCCUUGUGGCUGUAACCUGAUUUACCGAUUUCCGGAUAAAAUAAUUGUAAAUAUAAAUCAGGAUCCGAUAUUACUGUCGUCACAUGAGUCAGUCCCUGCAUGGAUUGAAGUUAAACACAGUCGAAACAUAUCCUUAUCGUUUUGGUUUGCCAUGACAGUACUUUGGAUGUUAGUUUGUUGUUCAGUCGGUUUUAUUGCAGGGUCGUACUUUGUCCAGUUAAUCUUGUUUUCCUCUGCCAUUAUUUUCAUUUAUAUGCAUUUACGUAAUACCGUUACCGAAGAAUCUCUUCUACUCAUAUCUGGAUAUGGUUUACAAACAUCAAAUCGUUACUUUACUGGUCGACGAACAUAUUCUUCAUUUAUUCCAGUAGAACGGAUUAAAGGAUUUCAUUUAAUAGAUUCCGUCAGUCCAUUUACUAUUUGUACUUAUUUAAGUUGUGAAUUUGCCAAGGUCACUUCUACUUCUACUACUACUACAACUGAUCCACGGAAAACUGAAUCAUUAUUAUUCAAUAAAGCUACAACGGCAUUAAAGACAGAUUACGGUCUUCUACCAUUAAUGCCCAUCACUAUGGAUAAUAAACAAAUUCGAUUUAAAGGUUGUGAUCGUAUUCCAUUGCCUUAUCUUGUAUGGAUGUUACGUUUAGCGAAUACAGUUUUAUUUCAUUAA